AUGAAGAGUAGGAAGGUGUUGAGGUCGCCAGUGAGGAAUGGGGCGGGGGAGGACGGAGCGCUGGAGAGUUUGAUCAGAGAAUUGAGGGAGGAAAUGAGGAAGGACUUAGGGGAGGUGAGGAAGCAGGUUAGGGAAGCACAGGAGGAGUUGGGAAAGGUCAGAGGGAAGAUGGAGGAAUGGGAGGAGAGGUGGAGAAGGGAGAGGGAGGAGAUAGAGGAUAGAAUGGCAAGGUUGGAGGAAAAGAUGGGGGAGGCGGUACUGAAGGAGGAAUGGAUAAGGAAAGUAGAGGGGAGACUAAAGGUGAUGGAGGCGGGGGGUGGGAUGGAGAAUGAAGAAGGAGGAGGAGUGGGAGACCUGGUAAGGGAGGUGGCAGAGGCAAAAACGGAAAAUAGGGUGUGGGAAAUAGUGAAUAGGGGUAGGAAGAAAAGGAAAGGGGUGGACGAAAGUAUAAAGAAGGAGGAAUGGAAGGAACAUUUUAUGGGGCUGCUGGGAGGUGUGGAAAAUAGGGUAAGGAUAGGGGGAGAGGAGGGCAGGAGAAGGGGGGAGGAAGAGGGUAUAAGUAAAGAGGAAGUGAAGAGGGUGGUGAGAAGGUUGAAGGAAGGGAAGGCAAUGGGAUGGGACGAGAUCCCGAAUGAGGCAUGGAAGUACGGGGGAGAGAGGGGUUUAGAGUUGGCGUGGGAGGUCUGUAGGAGAGUGUGGGACGGGGAGGGGUGGCCGCAGGGGUGGAAGGAAGGGAUUAUCGUGCCGCUGGCGAAGAAAGGGGGCGGGAAGAGGGAGCAGGAAUACAGGGGGGUGACGCUAAUGCCGACCUUAUAUAAGGUCGUGAAGAGGGGGGGGAAGUUGGUGGCGCUGUUCGUUGAUCUGCGGGCGGCGUUUGACACGGUGGACAGGAGGACUCUGCGGGAGGCGAUGGAGUGGAGAGGGGCGAGGGAGGGGUUGAGGGAGAGGGUAAGGGAAAUUUAUAUGGUGACGAAGAGCAGGGUGAAGGUGGGGGGAGCGGAUGUGGAAGAGGAGAUGAGGAAAGGAAGAUGGGGAGGGGUGGAGGUAGGGGGGAGGAGAGUAUGUACGUUGGCGUAUGCUGACGACCUGGUAAUGGUGGCGAAGGACGAGGAAGAGAUGGGGAGUAUGAUUAGGCGGUUCGAAGGGUAUCUGGAAGGAAAGAGGUUGGAGGUGAAUGUGGAGAAAACGAAGGUUGUAAGGUUUAGGAAGGGUGGAGGAAGGGAAAGAAAGGUGGAGUGGAGGUGGAAGGGGAAAAGGAUAGAGGAGGUGAAGGAGUUUAAGUACCUGGGGUACGUGUUCAAGAGGAACGGGGGACAGGAAGCGCAGGUUAGGGAUAGGGUGAGAAAGGCGGGGGUGGUAAUGAGACAGGCAUGGGGAAUCGGGAAAAGGAAGUUUGAGAGGGACUGGGGAAAGAGAAUGUGGCUGUUCGACGCGUUGGUCUGGACGGUGGCGGGAUAUGGGGCAGAGAUUUGGGGGUGGAGAGAGAGGGAAGAAAUGGAGAGGAUGCAGGAGAGGUUUUUAAGGUGGUCAUUGGGGGUGGACUGGAGGACGCCAGGGUAUAUGACUCUGAAAGGCAUCCCAGAAACUGCUCACGGAAGUGGAAACUGGGUUCGCUACAUCAAAGGUGACAAGGACCAAUAG